GUCUGUCCAUCUGUCUGUCUGUCUGUCCAUCUAUCUGUCUGUCUGUCUGUCUCUGUCCAUCCAUCUGUCUGUCUGUCUGUCUACCUGUCUAUCUAUCUGUCUAUCUAUCUGUCUCCGCCACGUGCCCCCGCGGCGCCUGUCAACACGGGCGUGAGGGGCGGCCUGAGCACGCCCCCCCCGCCACGCCCGCGCCCCGCCCUCCCUCCCAUCACCACGACUUCCCAAAGGCGCGAGCGGCCCGCCCACGGUCACCUGCUCCUGGCCGUGAACCCGGGACUCCGCCCACGCCACACACACGCCCACGCCGCGCCCGCGCCCGCGCCCGCGCCUCGCCCCAUGAUGGCCGCCUGCACAGUGGGUGAACCGCACGCCCACGCCCACCAGCUCCUCACCUCUCUCUUCCCUCCCCUCACGCCCAUCGCCUCCUUCACCGCCGCGCCCCUGCACGCCCACGCCCACCACCACCACCACCACCAUCCGCUGCAGGACCCGCACGCACACCCGCACGCACACCACAUCCACCUGCCGCUGCAGGAGGCGCCCCCGCCGCCCACGCCCACCGCAGUGGCCGCCGCGCAUCUCCCGCUGCAGAUGGCGCCCACGCCACGCCCGCCAGUCCACCCACACCCGCCCCCGCACCACCCACAUCCCCACCCCCCGCCCCUCAAGGAGCCGCCCACGCCCACCUCCACCGCGCCGCCGCCACCCUCAUCCUCCUCAGCCUCUUCCGCGGGCGUGGGCAAGACUCCUUCCAGCGGGGGCGGCGUGGGUGGGGGGGGCGGGGGCGGCGCGCCCACCCCCCACCACCACCACCAUCACCACCACCACCACCACGAGACCAGCGACAUGCGCACACUCUACGUGGGUAACCUUGACGCGGGGGCGAGUGAGGAGCUACUGAUGGCGGUAUUCAGUCACAUUGGGCCAGUGCGGAGCUGCAAACUUAUUCAUGAGCAAAGCGAGGAAUCUUCUGGCAACGACCCGUACUGCUUCGUGGAGUUUGCUGAUAGACAGUCUGCGGAACACGCGCUGCACACCAUGAACAAACGCCUCUGCUUGGGAAAGGAAAUGAAGAUCAACUGGGCCACGUCGCCUGGAUCGCAAGGAAAAGUCGACACAAGCAAACACUUUCACAUCUUCGUGGGGGACCUCAGCCCAGAGAUAGAGACCCACACACUCAGAGACGCCUUUGCACCCUUCGGAGAAAUAUCGGACUGCCGAGUGGUGCGGGACCCCCACACUCUCAAGUCCAAAGGAUACGGCUUUGUGUCCUUCGUUAAAAAGGCGGACGCGGAGACAGCCAUCACCAACAUGAACGGACAGUGGAUAGGUUCCCGCAACAUCAGGACAAACUGGGCCACAAGGAAGCCGCCAGCACCAAAGAACAAUGAUGCUAAUCAGAAGCCACUUACUUUCGACGACGUGUACAACCAGUCCUCGCCGACCAACUGUACUGUUUACUGCGGGGGAAUCACCAAUGGCUUGUCUGAGGAACUUAUGCAGAAAACCUUCGCUCCUUACGGCCAGAUACAUGAAAUCAGGGUCUUCAAGGAUAAGGGAUAUGCUUUCGUCAGGUUCUCAACAAAAGAGUCAGCAACUCAUGCCAUUGUCUCCGUUCACAACUCAGAGAUCAAUGGUCAGCCCGUGAAGUGUUCCUGGGGCAAAGAGUCUGGUGAUCCUAACAACACGCCCGUCACUACCCAGGUCAUGAGCCUGACCGAUGUGACAGAUUGCUUGUCUUUCCAGCCACUGCCAGGCACCCAGUACCCUUACAACUACGCCGGCCAGAUGGGUUAUUGGUACCCCCAGGGAUAUCCACCCCAGGUCCAGGGACAGCAGUUUCUGGGGAUGCAAGGGUUCGCUUAUGGGCAGUAUGGAUACCAGCAGGGAAUGGCAGGAAUGGCCGGCGUCCCAGCUUGGCAAGGCGUCCCACAGCCACAGCUACCCACAGGACAGAUGCCACAGCUCCAGCAACCCACCUCUGUGGUCGGCGCCUACCCUGUACAACAAUUCCAGCUGUCAAGCCCAUACCUCCUGGGAACCACUCCAGGGACCCUGGUGCAGUAAGAAGAAGAAGAAGAAGAAGAAGAGGAGAGAAGAAAUAAAAAGAAAUAUUAGAUAUCUCC